CUUAAUUUCGUCUCAUGAUCCAUCAAGUAAUUAACGAAAUGGAGAAGGUGGGUGAUUCUCAGCCGUCUUCAUCAGAGCCCGUUUCGCCGACUAGUAAAGAGAUAUGAAGCAGCAGCAGAGAGUACUGAAAGUUGAGGCUGAAUCUUCAGAAAAGUGUUUGGAAAAGAUAAAAGGUGUCUUAGCAAAGCUUCGAGAAACGAGUGACAUCGACACAUGGCGUGAAGAGACAGAUGGGACGGUGAUGGUCUGGGGUUACUCUGAUCCUGAGAAGCUUAAAAUAAAGUUAGAAAAUGAGGCCGGCGAUGCGAUCAAGUCAAUUACAGACGACCCAACUAACAGCAUUCACAGCAGCAGAGAUGGGACGGUAAUCUUCGAGUUAGAAAAUGAGGAUGUCUUGGGUCAACCGCAAGGGUUGCCUGAGAAGCGAGUUAACGAAGUUGCUGAUAGUAGUCAUGAAAUUCUCUACCACAGUCAAAAAACAAUUGAGUCCAGACAAAGCAGACCGUCGUAUCGACGGUGGCUUCGCAGGCAUGGUGAGAAGGCUUUUUCAUCCAGGAUCCCUGCGAUACUUGUUGCCGAUGUCAGUGGUUUCGAUUAUUUAUCGUCUGAAUCAAAAUCAGAGCCCCAAAAAAAAAGUGGGUGUUGUUGUUGGUAAUAUUGAAGUUAUAAAUAAAAAAAUAUAUUUAAAAUUAAUUUUUAACUA